UAUUUAACCCUCUUCUCUUCCACGCCACGCCAAUCUUCAAAACAAAACAUUCAUUUCAUUAUUUCCUUUCUCCUCCUCCUUCUUCUUCGCCAUGUCUUCUCAACUCAUCGUCUUCUUCUUCUUCCUCCUUGUCUUAUCCGCUUCAGCUCACAGCGGUCACGACGACGACGAUGCCGAUGCCGAUGCCGCUGGAGGCGACGCCGUCAAUCUCCGUUCCAAGUCAUUGAUCCUUGCCAAGAUUUACUGCCUCAUAGUGAUCUUCUUCGCGACAUUCAUCGCCGGAGUUUCCCCAUGCGUGCUGAAAUGGAACGAAGGGUUUCUUGUUUUGGGAACACAGUUCGCUGGCGGAGUGUUCUUGGGAACAGCAAUGAUGCAUUUUCUGAGCGAUGCUAACGAGACUUUUGGGAGCUUGACGGAGAAAGAGUACCCUUUCGCUUUCAUGUUAGCUUGCGUUGGUUACUUGAUUACUAUGCUCUUAGAUUGUGUCAUCUCAACUGUUUUGAACAAGCAGGCUCCUCAAUCUUCUGCUGCCGAUGUUGAGAUUCAAGGGUCUAUGACAGUCAAAAGAAGUGGCAAUGGAGUUGCUUCUCAGUCACAAUUCCAGAAUAAUUCCGGUGCCGGCCACCACCUAGCAAACCCUGCUCUUACAUCUAUCACCUCAUUUGGAGAUACCAUCUUGUUAAUUGUUGCUCUCUGCUCUCACUCCGUGUUCGAGGGCUUAGCCAUAGGAGUUGCCGAGACAAAAGCAGAUGCUUGGAAAGCUUUAUGGACAAUAAGUCUGCACAAAAUAUUUGCUGCCAUUGCCAUGGGUAUUGCUCUCCUAAGAAUGAUUCCUGACCGUCCUUUACUAUCCUGUGCGGCCUAUGCUUUCGCCUUUGCAAUUUCCAGUCCAAUUGGCGUAGCCAUUGGAAUUGUAAUAGACGCCACGACACAAGGUGCUGUCGCGGAUUGGAUCUUUGCUAUAUCGAUGGGUCUAGCUUGUGGGGUGUUCGUCUAUGUAUCAAUAAACCAUCUUUUGUCGAAGGGAUACACACCCCAUAGGCCAAUAGUGGUGGAUUCAGCCUAUUUCAGGUUUCUUGCUGUGUUGUUUGGCGUUGGAGUGAUAGCGGUUGUGAUGAUCUGGGACACCUAAUGUCAUCCAGGUGCAGCGAGUCAUAAUCAUCGAUGCUGAUUCAGAGAUAACUUCUCUUUGAAGUUAUAGAAUAUAUCUCUCCUAUGAUUCACGGAGACGAACACACACCCGACAAACACAUCAAUUUUAAGUUCUUAUAAGACAUGGGAAUAUUGCGUAUACAUAUAUCUGUAAAAUAUAAAAGUAUUUUUUAGAUGAAUUGUAAUGAUAUUUUUAUUUUUUAUUGAUAUUAAAAUAUAAAUUAAUUUUUAAACUA